CGCCGCCGCCGUUAAUAUUUGUCGGCGCAGAGCUCUGGUGGCGUGAAUUUUGUGACAGAAUAAAAACAAAUUUUCUGCGCACGAAUUAAACAAGUUUUGUUAUAAAAAAAAAAAAGGUAAACAUUUUCCAGGUAUCGUCUACAGCCAAGCAGCAUUAAACAAUAUUUUCACCAAACUACCACAACAACUGCAUAUCAUCGGCAACAACAACACUUAACAAUAUGGACUCCAUUGCAACAGGAUUGGCAGCAUCCUCAACUCUGGAGGGAACAAAAUUUAAAAUUCAACAAUCCAUACCCAGCGGCUCCAUAAAGAGGGGACCUCAUGCUAUUGUCCGUACGGCCGAUUUAAAUGAUGGCAUUAAUAUUCAACGCAGAUUUGGUGAAGGUUCCAAACCUUUAUUUGAUCGCGAUGAUAUUGCAGUUAAUCAAACAACCCUAGAUGCUCGUGAUACUAAUAAUUUAGAUCAUGAGCGCAAUACGGGCUGUAAAACUAAAACAAAUCGUAGAAGUUCUUCGACAGUAUCAAGUUCACCGGAAAGAUAUCGUCAUCGGGACAUUAAAAAGCAUUCCUCGCCGACUUCUGGACGACGUAAGACACCGGAAAGAUCUGGGCGCAAUGAAAGACCAACACACAGCCAUGAUAAACAUAAUUAUAAUGUAAAAUCUAACAAUACAAUGACUGAUAAAUAUAAAAGGAGUCGUAGAAGUAAAUCACGUUCACCACCACAUAACGCCAAUAAGAAGACUGUCGAAAAAGUUCCUUACUAUCGUGAUGAACAACGAGAAAAAGAUCGUAUAAGACGAUUAUAUGGACGUUCACGUUCUCGUACACCACCAGCAGCAGCAACACUAUCGUCAUCUACCAAGCGACGUAUUGAAAGUCCAACGAGACGACGAAGACGUUCAACUAGUAGAGAGCGUCGUAGACAUUCACCAUACCACCGUAACGUAAGAAGAGACUAUAGAAGUCGUCGAUCUAGAACACGUUCAAGAACUCGUUCUCCUCCAAGGCGUGAACGUCACAAACAUUCUAGUAGAUCUAGCAGAGAGCGAGACAAUGAGCACAAAGAAGAUGCUAAUUCUUUAACAACUGCUAUUAUACCCGCAACACCUCAGAUUAUUCCUAUACCAGUGCCUGUGCCAGCUGAAUAUGCUGCUGCCUAUACAUUCCCCGGCUGGACAGCUCCACAACCAACCUGGCCACCGUCUCACCCUCGGCCGCCAUCCGCUUCACAUUUUGCUCCCUUUCCCAUGUGGACUAUGAUGCCUCCUCUUAGACCACCACCUCAUCAAGCGUCUUAUGGUGGUUUGCCACCACCAGCUUUAGCCUAUCCACCAAUGGCAGCUUCAUAUCGUCCUCAUGCACCCCAAAGAUAUCCCCAACCAAGACACAACAGCAACAACUAUCAAACUCGGCCGAAAAAGCCCUCGAGUUAGAUGUUUUUUUAGAUUAAAGUAUAAAUAGUAUUUAUUCUAUUGAUUCAGAUAGUGUGGGUGGAAAUUUUGAAUGAAUAUAAUAAAAUUUUGGUUUUUUAUCUUAAA